UCAGCGCGGGAGGGGCAGGGGCGGUACGCGCGGGGCCCGCCGGGAGGCCGGGUGACGUCACCGCGGUGCGUUGGGAACGGCGAGGCUGAGACCGUGGCAAUUGACAGCUAGAUGUGAAAGCUUAGCAGUGCUGAUGGAGAGGUGCGAUGGAUGCCUACGCUCUGACAGCCUGAGCGGUGCCUCGGCUCAGGCAUCGCCCACGAGCCGGCCGGGCUGAUCCCAGUGAGAGCCAUGCGAGGCCGCAUCUCCUCAGGGACCGAGGCUCCUGGGCCAUGUCUUGUCAGGACAUAACAGCAGCAGCCCGAGCUGGGACCAGACAAAGCUAAAGCUGCCACAGCCACACAGGUGCACAAGCGCCAGGCAGCGUUUGGCUGCAAGUCCCUCACUCUGCCCUCCGAGUACCUGUGGCGCCUCCAGCCACUGAGCUCUGCUGCUCUCCUGCUGCCCAGCCCUGACAUCCCAGGCAGCAGGAACAGCUCUCCAGAUCACUCCUCAGGGCCGACAGACUCUUUACCAGUGUCUGAUCUCUACAGCGAGGGUCUGAGGGACACUUAAAGCAAGGCUGGUGUCUCCUGUUGUGCCUGUGCUCACUUUGGGUGUCGUGCUCAGAUGUCGUGCCCAGAGGAAUUGGAUGCCCUGGCAGAUGGGGAUCUGCUUGACUUUCUUCUGAAGGAUGAUGCUCCCUGCCCUGAAAUCCCAGGGGAGCAGAAUAGUCUGCUGGAAGACUGGGGCCUGCCAAUGCCUGAGCUUCUGGACAAGGAGAUGGAUGACUUCAUCAGCUCACUGCUGAACCCUUUAGAAGAUGAACCAGACAGGCUCAGUUAUUUGCCUGCCAACAAUGACAGCAGCAUUUCUGAGGAUCAGCAUCUGUCCCAUUGCCUUGGUGGCAAUUUUGCCAGCCGAGACAUUGUGCACGUUGAUCAUAACUACUCCCUGCACCAGGACUGGCCUGCACUGGAAGGUGUGAGGUCUGACAUGACAGAAGGAGAUGUUACCAUUGAGCUAGGGGCAUGGGUGGGUUUGGAAGGCACAAGCGAGGCGCUGGAACAGAGCACCACUUCCCCCGUUGCUGUUGCUGUGGAAGAUGAGCCCCAGCUUGUGCCUGGAGCCGUGGUACAGUCUGACUUACCAGAGCUGGUCCUGACAGAGGAGGAGAAGCAGCUUCUGGAGAAAGAAGGUGUUACAUUACCAACCUGUCUGCCGCUGACCAAAGCUGAGGAGCGAGUUCUGAGGAAAGUGCGUCGUAAGAUUCGGAACAAGCAGGCAGCUCAGGAUAGUCGUCGCCGGAGGAAGAUCUAUGUGGAUGGCCUGGAAAACAGGACUGGCAGGGCUUCAUUCCUCCCCAUAUCUGGUAUGAGGUGGUGCUCUCUGGGCUUUGCUGCACAUGAUACCAGGGUGGCAGCCUGCACAGCUGAAAAUCAUGAACUGGAGAAGAAGGUGCAGCAACUGCAGAAGCAGAACAUGUCACUGCUCAGGCAGUUGCAGAAACUGCAGGCCUUGGUGAGACGGUCUGCCCCCAAAACUGCCAGAAGAAAAACCUUCACCAUGAUCCUGGUUCUGUCCUUCUGCCUCGUUCUGUCCCCCAGCAUCCGCUUGCCCGGGAGCGUAGAGCCACAGCGGGAGCUCAAGGUGCUGUCACGGCAGAUCCGCGAGUUUCCAAACCAGGGAGCACCUGAUGUGCAGCACGACACUGAACUGGAGGGCUUCAGCCCAGAGCCUGGAGACUCCUUGCUGUCAGGCAACCUCAGUCAGUCACGGGAAGAGGGGCAGAGUCCACUUAGCUCCAGUCCCAGAUCUUUCAACAGCAACUCAUCCUCUGACCCUCCGGCAGCAGCAGGCUCCAAGCCGGGCCCGCCCCAGAGUGACCCUUUGCCAGCAGCAGUGCUGGUGCCGUGGAAGUCCAAGGGUCAGGAGUGGGUGGAACACCCUGACAGAGUUCUCAUCCAGCAGCACCAUGCCAAUGAGAUGUGACCAGUGCUGCAUCCUGCUCCUUGGGAUGAUACUGGGCAUCCUGUGGAGCAGGGACAGAUCUGCACUAACAGAUUAUCUAUCCAAGCAGUUUCUUCUGAAUACUCUCCUCAUUGCCAGUGACUCAGAGGGUUUACCAGGGAGGAAUAGAUCUGACAUUUUUUAUCAGACUCCAUCUGAGGUGAGACAGGAAAUUCUGAGAAUUUCACUAUAGCUGCUGAUGUGGCUUGCAGCCCAGAGGGCACCUUGUGGCUUGUGGGGAUGAGCUGUGGCAGAGAGAGUGGAGGCAGUCAGACUGAGGUGCCAGUAUUUGGUCUGACUGAAUGCAGCUGGCAGUGGAGGCUCCUGCCCUUCUUCUUCACUGCCCAGCUGGAGAUAAACAGGUGCUUCUUAGUCUGUGUUGUGGUCCCAAACAUAUGUUCCAUUAAUCCUGCAGUGCUGCCUGAUUUCUAGGUGUGAGGGAGCAAUUUGACGAUCAGUGCUCUCACGGGAGUGUCCUGCCUGCUGCUGCGACAGACCCAGCAUGUCGCCUGUUCCUGCUAGCUUUUGAGCCAUGGCCACAGCUCCUAGCCUGGCUAGAGGAGGUAAUGUGGAGUCCUUCCUGAGCCAUGUGUGCUGUUUGCCUACCAUAAGGGCUUGAGCCUUUCAUCUCCUGCAGGCUUUUGGGCUUCAGGGAGCAGGCAUGCCUUGAGCCAAACUGCUGAGGCAGCAUGUUCAGAGAGCAUCAGAGCUGCUUGCUCUUCUGGAGGCUUUCCUGGCCACAGGAUAGUUUAAAGCCAUGUCCUUGUGUGCCCAAGCCUCGCUGUGCUGGCUGGUGAUGCAGUCAAUGGUUCUGGGUUGAACCGAAACACUUUGAGCUGGUGAGCAGUGUCUUUGCCAGAGUGCAGCUUAGUGGUACCUGUAAGCUCUCCUUGUCCUACUGCAGGACAUUCCAUAGAGUCAUAUAGAAUGGUUUGGAUUGGAAGGGGCCUCUAAAGGUCAUCUAGUCCAGUUCUCCUUGCAAUGAGCAGGGAUAGCUUCAAAUUGGAUCAGAAUAAUAAUGGAUAGCUUCCUUAUUGAUAGAGUCUAAAUAAAUAAUAAUGGUGUGUGA